CUUCCUUAGCGACGAGCUGGCUUUUUUAAAGGGCCACAGCGGGCAGAUCAGGGCCUGUCAUCAUGCCGCCGAAGGAUGGGGAGAAGGGCAGAAAGGGGAGCAAGGAGCCAAAUCCUCUCCAAAAGCCCCCCGAGGAGCCCCUCACGGAGGUGACCCGGGAAUUCUACCUCAUCCAGAUUCGGGAUCUGGAGAGCCGCCUGGCCCGGUACCAGCGGAGAUGGGACGAGCUGGUGGUGGAGGAAAAGCUCUUCCGCCUGGAGUUUGAGCAGCUGGCCAACAACAAGAAGGAGAUCGUGGCCUUCCUCAAGCGCACCCUCAACCAGCGGGUGGACGAGAUCACCGACCUGAACGAACAGCUGCAGGGCCUGCAGCUCUCUAAGGAGGCGGAGAAGGACGCCUUCGAGGCCCAGCUGGCUCAGGUCCGCCAUGAGUUCCAGGAGACCAAGGACCAACUCACCUCGGAGAACAUGGUGCUGGGGGGGAAGCUGGCUGCCCUGGAUGACUUCCGGCUUCAGAAGGAGGAGCUCAUGGCCCAGUUUGCGCUGCUGGAGGAGCAGCUGAAGAAGCAGGAGUUGGAAUAUAAGGAACACAUCUACCACCUGGAGAAGAAGGCCGUGCUGGACAAGGACAACCUGAAGAAGGAGAUCAUCCAGCGGGUGAACACCGUGGCGUCCGAGUUCCGCAAGAUCUCCUCCAGCCAGAUGGCGGAGACGACCAAGCGGGCCAUCCGGGAGAACAUGAGGGUGACCCUGCAGCUGGCCAACGUGUCCUCCCGCAGCCUGGCCCUGAUGCAGGAGAACGAGCAGCUGCACUGCACCGCGCAGGAGAUGCGGAAGGAGCUGGUCCUGCUGCAGCACAUGGAGAAGGCCAUGGCCAAGGACGGCCUCGGCAACAAGAAGAUGAUCCAGCUGCUGAGCGAGAAGUGUCGGGAGCAGCAGCAAGGGGUGGAGGAGGCUCAUCAGCUGAGGAAGGAGCUGGGCAGCCUGAAAGUCGCCUUUGAGCGGCUGCAGAGCACCAACCAAGCCCUGAGUGGACUACCCUCCUUGCCCCCACCCCCUGGUGUCCAGGAAGGAGGUGAAGCGGCUGGAGGAAGAGGUGGAGCAGCAGAGGGAGGAGGGACAGCGCCUGAACCAGGAGCUGGAUGGGGAACUGAAGCAGAGGCAGAACCUGGAGCAGGUGUUAGCCCAGGCCACCUACUCCCUCAAAGACAUCCUGUCGGAGCGGCCGCCCGCGGAGGAUGGCCACUUCGACGUGCGGUUCCAGCUGCGGCGCAACGAGCUGCUGCAACGCCUGCUGUCCCAGCUGAGCAAGAUCGCGGCCGCCCGACUGCACGUCCCCGAAUUUGUGCCCCCGCCGGCCGUCGAGCCCCAGGAGCAGAGGUGAACGGGGGGUGCGGGGGGAGAACCACAGCCGUGCCCUGGCCCACCAGAGGAAGUGGCACAGGCCCCAGGAUGGGCAGAGGGGCUGGGAGUUGGGCCAGCUCUCCUGUGCUGAUGGCCUCUGGCCCACCUCUCCCCAGCCCUCCCCAGUCCCCGCUGGGGCCCCUGCUCCAGCAGCUGAGCAGAGUGGUGCACUACAGGCCAGGGGACCUGGGACUCAUCCCCCGCCCGCUGCCCCCCCACCUCAACCCCCACGACAUCGCUCUGCUCUCACGGACCAGCCGGCUUGGUCCCCUCCAGGCUUCCGUCGCCUCCCAGAACUCUGUUCCUCCCCACAAGAAGGGAGCAAAGCAGGGCAAGCUGCCUGCACUCCCACGGCCCCGCCAGUAGGAAAAGGACACAUUUAUCCCUCAAAAGACAUCGGUGGCCGAGCAACAGAGUCCAGCCCAGCCUGACUCCCCGCCUUUAUUCCCCUCCCGCCUCGGGGUUGGGAGGGACUCUGGGGGUGGGGGGGGGUUCUAUAAAGCAGCUAUUUCACAGA